CACGCAGACUUCGCCCUGCCUUCGCCGUUCCCCUCUUCGUUAUGUAACGGCGCUGCGCGCUCUCGCCGGCAGCGGCCCAAUGGGGCGGCGAGAGGAGGGGGAGGGGAAGGCAGAGCGUGCGCGCUCCCGCAAGCUUAGGCGCGGCCCCGCGGUCGUACGUGCGCGUUCACUCGCCCCCUCCCCCAGUCUUUCUGUCUCGGCCGUCGCGGUCGCCUUUUUCAUCUUUCCGUCCCCCCGACUUGCGACGAGGUGCUCGGCGCGGAAGAGACCCCGCUGACUCGCCAUGGCUGACGAGAAGCCCAAGGAAGGAGUAAAAACUGAAAAUAAUGAUCACAUUAAUCUGAAGGUUGCAGGUCAAGAUGGAUCUGUGGUGCAGUUUAAGAUUAAAAGGCAUACACCACUUAGCAAACUAAUGAAAGCUUAUUGUGAACGACAGGGUUUGUCAAUGAGGCAAAUCAGAUUCCGGUUUGAUGGGCAGCCAAUCAAUGAAACAGACACACCUGCACAGUUGGAAAUGGAGGAUGAAGAUACAAUUGAUGUGUUCCAGCAGCAGACAGGAGGAGUGUACUAAAAGAGAGAAGCAAACUUCCUUUCCACAGACAACACAUUCACAAUUAGAAAAAUGAGACUUGGUUCAGCCACAUCUGACUACUACAGUAUAGCUUUCUCUCUUCUUUGAUUUCUUUUCCUAUUCCUUCUAUUGUACAUAACGUAAUUGGUGUACGUGCACAGACAUGCAUUUUUUAACUAAAUGGCCAAUGGUAUGUUUGAUCAACAUCAUAUGGAGAUGGGGUGGUAAAAACAAACUGGUCUGUGAAAAUACCCCAUUUUUCCAUUAGUGGCAUGCUCCUCUAACUUUUAUCUUUAUAUUCCAGUAAGUUAUUUUGCUCUCAAUGUUGAAGAAAAAAACAAAAACCUUGCAUACCUUAUUUGAUUGGAUAAUUUCAAUGUUUUUCUUUUAUCGUUGUACAACCAAGGACGAUUUUAUAACUUUUUUGUACGUAGCUGUUACAUGUAGAGCAAUCUGUCGAAGUAGGGAGAAAUUACUCUAAACAAAAAUUUGAACUUGGAUAGUUUUCCCUUCCGUCUUGUUGUUUAAAUAAACUUCUUGUUUAAAAUAAACAGCUUAUUUUUCGGUGCUGUAAUGACCAUUCAGCAGCAUGGCAGACAGAGAAUCCACUAGCUGCUUGCUGUUCCAUCAGAUUUUGUACCUAGUUGUUAUGCUUCUCUCUACUGUUUAUACAAAUAGAAAAAGUACAAGAAGUCUAGAGACUGAUUAGUUUCUCUUUGGGGAGAUUAUUUGAACAGCUCUUCUUGCACUGGCAACAGACAAGAUUUCUGAAGUAAAUGGACAGAUUUAAAUGUUUAAUUUGAUUUACUUGUGCAGCUGUUUGUGUUUUUUAAUCCCAAUUGUAAAUGUAUUUAUAUUGAUAAGUAAGACAACUAUUUUAGAAAAAAAAAUAGAACUAGACUACUUGCAAUGCAUCUGAUCCAUAAUCCAGUCCUCCUAUGGAUUUUAAUUCAGUGAAGGGAAACACAAAGUAUCUAUUUUUACUUGGGAGCUAAUGGUAGCUCCAGAGUUGCUGAUUUAUAUUGAAUAAAUUGCAAGGGAAGGAAGGGAUGUGUAAAAUAUCAAGUACUAUUUCUAUAAAAAGUACUAUUCAUUGUAAUAGAAAUGUUAAAUUACCUAGGAGAAGCAAAAUUCCUAUAUUUAACAGAGGAUAAAAAUAGUAGAGAAUCCUGUUUUGGAUGGUAUCAUUUUAAAACAGCACAAGUAGUCAUGGACUGGGGAAAUAUUUCAGAAGAAAAUAGUGCAGAAACAUUGGUUGGUUCCACUCAGUGUUAUGAUCCAGUAUAAACACAGCAUAUGUGAAAGUAUAAAUCUUCAGUAUGAAAACCCAGUAGGUGCUGUUAUUUGUAUUAGAAAGUUGUCAUUUCAGAAACAGCAAUACAGUAUAGGCAGCUGCCUCUUUGUUGCCACAACACCACUGCACCAAAGCAUUUAAACUGCUCCUGUCCCUUAUGUAAUUUCAUAGAGACCUUCACAGGUUCCUGGUACAGAACUGUCAAUCCAGGCUCAUAAUCAUGGUGCAAAUAAGAUGCCUGUUGACAGUUCAGCAAGAUGUAAGGGUCACUCUUUCAAAUACACAUGUUCUGCUUCUGCUGUUAAAAUCAGUCUAUAGCAUUGAGGUGCCCGAGAUGAAUUUGAAGGAGAAAUAGAAGAGAUGCUUCAGUAAUGUAAUAUUGAAUGCAGAGGGGAGAGUUAUCCAGUGAUAAGUGACCAAUGCCUUGGUUCUACCAGGAUCCCAGAAUCAGCAAAUUUGGAGCUCUGAACUGUUGCAAGGUAUGUCUUCAUAACAAACUACAUUUCCUUCAUCUUAAGGGCUGAGUUUUUCAUGUGUUUGAAUCCAUUUUUAAAACUUUCCUGAAGAAUGGAAUGUUUAAAAAGUGACCUUUUUUAAAUCUGAAAAGUAUUUCCAUCCCAAAGGUAGAGUUAACUAGUAGGACAUAGCAAUAGAUCAUUUGUUUAUUGAUGCAGUCUCAAGUUAACUGAAGUGUUUCAUAUAACAGGCAGCUGUUAGGUUGUACAGUAUCAUGGUUUGCAAUUUUGUCCUCCCCUUGGUAUGUAAUAAAGUUACCUCACGUGUA